AUGGCCGCGGAGAAGCUCAGGGAUUUGUCCCAACCUAUUGAUGUGCCUUUACUCGAUGCCACUGUCGCUGCCUUCUAUGGCACCGGAUCCAAGGAACAGAGAACUGCUGCUGACCAGAUUUUGCGGGAUUUGCAAAAUAAUCCUGAUACGUGGCUCCAAGUGAUGCAUAUUUUACAGAACACUCAAAGCCUAAAUACAAAGUUCUUUGCCUUACAGGUUCUAGAAGGUGUAAUUAAAUAUAGAUGGAAUGCAUUGCCUGCUGAGCAGCGAGACGGAAUGAAAAAUUUUAUCUCUGAUGUUAUUGUACAGCUAUCUCGCAAUGAAGUGUCAUUUCGAACAGAGCGAUUGUAUGUCAACAAACUCAAUAUUAUUUUAGUUCAGAUUUUGAAGCAUGAAUGGCCAGUGAGAUGGAGAAGCUUCAUUCCGGACCUUGUUUCAGCAGCUAAAACAAGUGAAACAAUUUGCGAGAAUUGUAUGGCAAUAUUGAAGCUCUUGAGUGAAGAGGUUUUUGAUUUUUCAAGAGGAGAGAUGACUCAGCAGAAGAUAAAAGAGCUUAAACAAUCAUUGAAUAGUGAAUUUCAGCUCAUACAUGAGUUGUGCUUAUAUGUGUUAUCAGCGUCCCAAAGAACUGAGCUCAUAUGUGCAACACUGUCUACAUUGCAUGCCUUCUUAUCAUGGAUUCCUUUGGGCUAUAUAUUUGAAUCACCAUUGCUUGAGAAACUGCUAAAAUUUUUCCCAAUUCCUGCUUAUCAGAACCUGACAUUGCAAUGCUUAACCGAGGUUGCAGCCCUUCAGUUUCGGAAUUACUUUGAUGCUCAUAUUAAGAUGUACAACAUAUUCAUGGUUCAGUUGCAGAGCAUACUUCCGCCCACUACUAAUAUACCUGAGGCAUAUGCACAUGGUUCAAGUGAAGAGCAAGCAUUUAUACAAAAUGUGGCACUGUUCUUCACAUCAUUUUUCAAGGUUCAUAUUCGAAUUCUGGAGUCCACUCAAGAGAAUAUAUCUGCUUUGCUUUUGGGUCUUGAAUAUCUCAUCAAUAUCUCAUAUGUGGAUGAUACUGAGGUUUUUAAGGUCUGUCUGGACUACUGGAAUGUCUUGGUUGCAGAAUUAUUUGAGCCACACCAUGGUUUGGAGAACUCUGCAGCAACAGCAGCAAGCAUGAUUGGACUUCAGGUGCCUGGUAUGGUUGACGGCAUUGGUUCACAGCUUCUUCAGCGCCGGCAACUUUAUGCUGGUCCCAUGUCAAAGUUAAGAAUGCUUAUGAUCUGUCGUAUGGCGAAACCAGAGGAGGUUCUCAUAGUUGAAGAUGAAAAUGGGAAUAUAGUGCGGGAAACAAUGAAAGACAAUGCUGUUCUUGUCCAAUACAAGAUUAUGAGGGAGACUCUUAUUUACUUGUCACAUCUUGACCAUGAUGAUACUGAAAAGCAGAUGUUGAGGAAGUUAAGUAAACAACUUAGUGGUGAGGACUGGACGUGGAACAAUUUGAACACACUGUGCUGGGCGAUAGGAUCUAUAUCUGGUUCCAUGAUGGAAGAGCAGGAAAACAGAUUUUUGGUUAUGGUCAUUCGUGAUUUAUUAAACCUAUGUGAAAUCACAAAAGGAAAAGAUAACAAAGCCGUUAUUGCUAGUAAUAUCAUGUAUGUAGUUGGGCAGUAUCCACGGUUUUUAAGAGCUCAUUGGAAGUUUCUUAAAACUGUUGUUAAUAAGUUAUUUGAGUUUAUGCAUGAGACACAUCCUGGAGUUCAGGAUAUGGCCUGCGAUACAUUUUUGAAAAUAGUUCAGAAGUGCAAGCGUAAAUUUGUUACCACCCAGGUUGGAGAAAAUGGGCCCUUUGUUUCUGAACUUCUUACUACUCUUCCAAAUACAAUUGCGGAUCUUGAACCCCAUCAAAUACACUCGUUCUAUGAAUCUGUUGCUUACAUGAUUCAAGCAGAGUCUGAUGUCCAGAAGAGAGAUGAAUAUCUUCAAAAGUUGAUGGUGCUACCGAAUCAGAGGUGGAUGGAGAUUAUUGGGAAGGCACACCAAAAUGUUGAUUUUCUGAAGGAUCAAGAUGUGAUCCGAAAUGUUCUUAAUAUAUUACAGACAAAUACAAGUGUUGCAUCUUCUCUAGGAACAUAUUUCCUACCACAGAUCACAUUGAUUUUUUUGGACAUGUUGAACGUGUACCGAAUGUAUAGCGAGCUUAUAUCGAAAAGUAUUGCAGAGGGUGGACCUUUUGCUUCUAGAACAUCCUAUGUGAAACUUCUACGUUCGGUUAAGAGAGAAACACUUAAACUGGUUGAUACAUUCUUGGACAAGGCUGAGGAUCAACCACAAAUUGCAAAACAUUUUGUACCACCAAUGAUGGAUCCUGUUCUUGGAGAUUAUGCUAGGAAUGUGCCUGAUGCAAGGGAAUCAGAGGUCUUGUCACUUUUUGCCACGAUUGUAAACAAAUAUAAAGCUGCAAUGGUUGAAGAUGUCCCUCGCAUAUUUGAAGCUGUUUUCCAGUGCACACUGGAGAUGAUUACAAAGAAUUUUGAAGACUACCCAGAGCAUCGGCUAAAGUUCUUCUCAUUACUGCGUGCCAUAGCUACUCACUGCUUCCCUGCUUUGUUCUGCUUGUCUAGUCAGCAACUGAAGCUUGUUAUGGAUUCAAUAAUAUGGGCAUUUCGGCAUACAGAAAGGAAUAUUGCUGAGACUGGGCUAAACCUGUUGUUUGAGAUGCUGAAGAAGUUUCAGGCAUCAGAGUUCUGUAAUCAGUUUUAUCGGACGUACUUUUUGACAAUUGAGCAAGAGAUAUUUGCUGUCUUGACAGACACUUUUCAUAAGCCUGGGUUCAAAUUACAUGUCUUGGUGCUUCAACAUUUGUUCUGUCUGGCUGACUCUGGCUCCUUAACUGAGCCUCUUUGGGAUGCUUCUACAAAUGCCUAUCCUUACCCAAGUAAUGCAGCUUUUGUACGUGAGUUCACAAUAAAACUUUUAAGCACUUCAUUUCGGAACAUGACUGCUUCAGAGGUUACUCAAUUUGUUAAUGGACUUUUUGAGUCAACAAAUGACCUUGCGAUAUUUAAAACUCACAUUCGAGAUUUUCUUGUACAGUCAAAAGAAUUUUCAGCUCAGGAUAACAAAGAUCUCUAUGCUGAAGAGGCUGCAGCUCAGAGACAUAGGGAACGACAAAGAAUGCUUUCUAUUCCAGGACUUGUUGCCCCGAGCGAGUUGCAAGAUGAAAUGGUUGACUCGUAGUAGGUUAUAUACAAUAUAGAAGUUAACACAUCACACCGGCAUUCGCCUUGAUUCAAUCAAAUACCGGACGGUUUGAGAACACAUGUAGCAUUUUGCUCUCAAAAAUCUUGUUCUCUGCUUUUCCCAAUGCAUCGUCUUGGGACUGGUUCCUGGUUUCAGAGGUUUGGCUACUUCCCUGUCUGGGUAAGUGUUAGAGUAUGCAGUUGCUAAUUUAGGAUAUAUAGUAGUCAUACGGGAGGGAUUUAUCAAGGCAGCUUUCCGUAGAAUCGCAGGAUGGAUGAGUCAAUUUUUUUUUUAGUAAUGAUCACUCCUUAGGUGUCACGUAACCUCUGACUAUUUGUGCAGAACAGUCCUUGUGGUUGGAUAUUUUGUUUUCUUUUCCACCUAUUAGUUUAGGGGAAUUGAUGUAACCAUGAUUGCAUUAAUAUAUGGUUUUCAUUUUCCUGGUGUUA